AUGGACCUUUGGAGUAAUAUUCGAUAUGAUGGUGCAGACACAUCGCAACACCAAGAAGCUAACAUUCAAAAUAAUAUUAAUAGUGUUAGUUUCAGCUCAAUAACUAACAUUAAUAGUCACGGACAAUCGACACGACUGCCAUUAAAUAAUGAUUCGUCACUUGGCAUCCCAGGCAUCAAUGAUCUCGACAAAACUCCUUCACUUCUGGCUGUCGAAGAUGAAAUUGAUGAAAUAGUCAAAAAUGGACAUUUUUAUGGCGAAGCUAAUCCAUUCGAUGAACUAAAUGAUUGGUUGUCAAAAGAAAUUGAUACUGCCGAAUUAAAAAAUAUUGAUAUAUUGAUUCAAAAUCGAACAAUGAGUUUUAGAACUCAACCGCCAACUGAUAUCCGUCGACGAUAUAAAAGCGAAGGAAAACGCCAGGUUGAAAAAUCUCGUUCUAAACCUGCAGCAAUAAUGUUACCGAAUUUGAAAAACGUCAGAUUAAAUCCAAAUCAAUCAUUUUGGAUUCAGUUAGGAUUAAUAACUACUACAGAUAAUCCUGCAAACAACGAAUACAUUCAUGCAAAUAGAAUAGAAUAUCAUUCAAACGAUAUCUCAAUAUCAGAUGAUGAAUUUGUACGGAUUCCACUGUAUCAAAUGGAUAUUCAAGGAGGCAUAAAGAGAUUACCUCAUUUAUCAAUCAUUAAGGUAAAAUUAGAUGAAUACACAUUUGUACUCAAGCCCUUCAACCCAUCAGCAACAGAUAAUCCAGUCGAAAUAUAUGUUAUAGAUGAAAAGAACAGUAAAAAGUCGCUCGUUGCAAAAGCUAAGCUUUUUCGUGGCGAAUAUAACUUACAAUCGAGUCGUAUUGUUUGCCAGCUAUUGAUUAAACAAAAUGAGACAUGGCAUACGACAAAUAUUAUGUGUCGAACAGAUGUUAUGAAUGAACUAAAAAAAUCAAAUAAACCAGCAACAACUACCCAUCUCAUCGAAGAUGACGAUGAGGAUGAUUAUCCAAGUUCAUCAAGAAAACGAGAACGAUCUCCAUCAUUAGAGAAGGGUUUACCGGUAAAUCGAAUUAAAACACUAUGA